GUGACUUGCAAGGACCUGAGUUGUGGAGUCAGACAGAUGUGGGUUGAUCUUGGCUUUGCCAUCAACCUUGGACUGGGCACUUGACCUAAUCACUCCUCAGUUUCCUUAUCUAUAAAAUGUGUGAGUGUGGGUAUGGGGGUGAACAACGUCUCAGGACUCCCACGGGCCCUGGAAGUCCUGGCCUGGAGGAGGAUUCGUGUCGGCUUUUCCCCACGGCUGACAAACACUCCUCUCUGAUCCCAGACACCGCAGUGAUCAGCCCUCAGGACCCCACGCUCCUCAUCGGCUCCUCCCUGCAAGCCACGUGCUCGCUGCACGGGGACCCUCCUGGGACCACGGCCGAGGGUCUCUACUGGACCCUCAACGGGCGUCGCCUGCCCCCUGAGCUCUCCCGGGUGCUUAAUGCCUCCACCCUGGCCCUUGUUCUGGCCAACCUCAACGGGUCCAGACAGCAGUCUGGGGACAACCUUGUGUGCCACGCCCGCGACGGCAGCAUCCUAGCUGGCUCCUGCCUCUAUGUUGGCUUGCCCCCAGAGAAGCCCUUCAACAUCAGCUGCUGGUCCAAGAACAUGAAGGACCUCACGUGCCGCUGGACUCCAGGGGCCCACGGGGAAACUUUCCUUCACACCAACUACUCCCUCAAGUACAAGCUGAGGUGGUACGGGCAGGACAACACGUGUGAGGAGUACCACACGGUGGGCCCUCACUCCUGCCACAUCCCCAAGGACCUGGCUCUCUUUACACCCUAUGAGAUCUGGGUGGAGGCCACCAAUCGCCUGGGCUCAGCGCGCUCUGAUGUGCUCACGCUGGACAUCCUGGACGUGGUGACCACGGACCCCCCACCCGACGUGCAUGUGAGCCGAGUUGGGGGGCUGGAGGACCAGCUGAGCGUGCGCUGGGUCUCACCGCCAGCUCUCAAGGAUUUUCUCUUCCAAGCCAAGUACCAGAUCCGCUACCGCGUGGAGGACAGCGUGGACUGGAAGGUGGUAGAUGACGUGAGCAAUCAGACCUCGUGCCGCCUGGCGGGGCUGAAGCCAGGCACCGUGUACUUCGUGCAAGUGCGCUGCAACCCCUUUGGCAUCUAUGGCUCCAAGAAGGCGGGGAUAUGGAGCGAAUGGAGCCACCCCACAGCCGCCUCCACGCCCCGCAGCGGUGAGCACCCUCCCAGGGCCGGGUGCUCCUUGGGCUGCUCCAAACCACCCGGCAUCUGGGUCUCUGUUUCCUCAUUUUCUCCAAGAUAUCCUGAGAGCAAGGUGCGGCGCGAGCUCAAGCAGUUCCUGGGUUGGCUCAAGAAGCACGCGUACUGCUCGAACCUUAGCUUCCGCCUCUACGACCAGUGGCGAGCCUGGAUGCAGAAGUCGCACAAGACCCGCAACCAGGACGAGGGGAUCCUGCCCUCGGGCAGACGGGGCGCGGCGAGAGGUCCUGCCAGAUAAACUCUAGGGAUGGGGCUACCUUCCUGGCCAAGUGGAGACCCAGAGGCUGAACUCAAACUGGGGCCACCUUUGUACUCUCACCUUAGGGCACCUGAGCACCAUCAGCAGGAGCUGGGGCAGGUGCUCUGAGCUUGGACAGCUCUGGCCCCCAUGUCAGGCCACCCUUGAGUGCACCUCCGGUGUUAUGUUGGGACAUGAGCUGGUUGAACUACCCAGAACCCCUACAGGGCUGGGAGUAAAGAGAAGUCAUUACUUUUGCCCCCCAAUAACCCUCCAAAAGAAUAUUUUAAAAUAAAUGAGCUAUUUAGGUGC